GCAGGAAGCAGACCGCCGAGUCUCGUGUGCGGUUAGCUCGGAGCUAAAGCUAAAAACAGUUUGUUAAAAUGUCCAAAAGCCAAACACUGAGAGCUUUGGUGAAUGAGCGGCUGACUGCGGCUGCUGAAGAGAUCUUUGCACUGUUUGAAAGAACGAUAGCGGAGUAUGAGGAGGAAGUGUGUCGCUCCAAAGAGGAGAACCAGAGGAAACAGGAGCUCCUGGACUCGAUACUGAACCCCUCAAAGAGUCCUGGCCCCGGUCUGAACCAGGACCCUCCACACGCUCCACGGAUUAAAGAGGAGCCACAGGACCUUUGUCAGGUCACAAUGGGUGUCUUAGAGUCCAGUGCCGUUUGUGUGAAGACAGAAGAGUCCUCACUGCUUCAACAAAGACAAACUGAGCUCAGAGAAGAAACACAACGAGAGGACAUCAGCGCAGAGACACAUUUAUACUCCUCUGACACUGAUGAUGAUGAAAACUGGGGAGCUCUAUUCAUCUGUUCAGCUGCACAGAUGGAGACAGAAGCUGAUGGAGACCACGACAGCCAAGUCCAGAAAGACCAAACGCUGACAGCUUUCGUGAAUGAAUGGCUGAGUGUGACUGCUGAAGAGACAGGUCUGAACCAGGACAUUCCACAGAUUUCACAGAUUGAAGAUGUGCCAGAGGAACUGAGCGUCAAACAGGAGGAGCAGAUGUCAUACAACACGAAUGAAGCUUCUAUCACCAGAGACUUUGUUCCAGAUACAGAUUCCUUCGAUGGAAUUUCUUAUAGUGAUGAACUUGAAAACAGUGAUAAUAAAUGGGAAAAACUAAAUCAAAUUUCAAUAACGAAUGUGACCUCAUGCAGUAUGGAGACUUUUACUGAAACCAAGGAGCCUGACUGUAGCUUUCAUGAUAGUAGAGCACAAAACUCUCUGAAUAAUUCUUCAGACAACAGCACAGUGACGUCCUCCACAGACAUGGCCACACAUGUUCCUCCAGUGCCACCAGCAGCUGCAAAGGGAAGCAAGUACAAGAAAAGGCAAUACUGUCUUUUUUGUCAAAAGCCUUUUUACAAACUAGCGAGACAUCUUGGAGCUGUCCACAGAAAUGAGAGGGAGGUGGCAUUGGCCUUUAGUUUGAAAAAGGGCUCCAGAAAAAGAAAAGAGAUGUUGAGUUCUCUUAGGAAUAGAGGGAAUUUUUUUCACAAUUCAACAGUGGCGUCCUCUGGUGUUGGAGAGCUGGUUGUUUGUAGACGUCCAGGUGAAUCAAAACCGCCCAGUGACUUUGUACACUGUAAGGUUUGUCAAGGCCUUUUUGCAAGAAAAACUCUGUGGAGACACAUAAAAAACACCCACAAUCCAUCUAUCCAGGGAGAGUCUAAAGGUCGACGAAAACGGAUGUAUUCAUUCAUUCGUUUACCAAUGCCUGCUUUCAAUCCUCAAGAUAAAAUGGAGGAAGAUUCUGGUGAAGGAGUCAGCACAGACCAACAUCAGAUCGAAGGCUCUCCUGAUGAGACGUGCAAAGGAGAACCGUCUGAGUCAACAACCCAAGAGGAAAUGAAACCAAAUGAUCCCAAUUCACAAAGCAGCACAGCACUUCCACAGAACAUGUCUAAAUCAAGCCCGGGGCACAGCAUUCCCAAGCAAGUUGCGAGGAGAAGGAAGGCUUGGACGCUUGACGAAGUAAAAGCGGUGGAGCGACAUAUGAUGGACUUCAUCACACGCCGUAAAGUACCUGGUAAAAGAAGCUGUACCUCCUGCCUCCAGUCAGAACCCCACGCACUCAAGGACAGAGACUGGAUUAACAUAAAAAGCUUUGUCCACAAUCGGAUCACUGCAUCCAAGAAGAAACUAAAACUAUAAAACAAAAUAGUACUAAACAGAAUUAGCAACCAGAAGCAAAUGUUCUCACCGUUUCAUUAGAUGGAAUGGAAGUCAUCGAGGGGUUUCUCUAAGAUGUAUAACCAUGACUAAUCUGUAUGGUACAUCUCAAAUAUUUCUGUCUGCCUGCAUUUGUAAAUAAAUGUCCUGAAGAGGAGAAAUUACUUCAACAGCACGGAAUAUUUCCUGAAAAGCCACCCAUAGAUUUUUACAUUAAUAGUGAAUUUCAUGGGUGCUGUGAUGGUAGAUUCUAAUUAUACAGCUCUACUCUUAAAAGUGACUAAGUGUAAGAGCAAGUACAGCCUAUAUUAGGCAGGGCUCAGGCUUUUUCUACUAGUUAAGUUUACAUCAACAUUUUAUUAUUCUCAUAUCAUAAUUACUUAACUCCUACAAACGUAUGUGAAUUUCAGGUAUGGAAUACAAAACACUAAUCACAAAUGUCAUAAUAUAAUUUUAUAUGAGUAUAAAAUGAUGUUGAAUCUUCCACAUACUGUUCUUUAUUUGUGUUUGACGUGGGCGAUGAUGCUACAAGGAUAACUGUGCACAUGUCUUUGUGUAAAUAGAGGCCAAACCAGAAAAAUUACCACAAUGAAAAUAUUUCCUCAGCCCACAGGCCAAUGCAGCGAUUACACAAAAGACAUUCACUCUGAGUUAAAUUCUACCUGUAAGUAAAUGUGUUUAUAGAGCCACUGGGAUCUGCAAGUUGUAAUAUGCAUGUGUAUAUUUUGCCAAGGUAUAAUGUUAAUAUUUGAAUUAUUUUCUUAAGUUUCCCAGUUGCUCAUGGAUGUUCAGGUUGUUAUUGUUUAUUUAACAAACAGUAAGUACAUGUAGUACUUUUUUGUAAUAAAACAAAAAUAAGUUUAUUAUGCCUUUGUUUUAGUGGCCUGGUCAAUUUGGUGCCUUAAAGAAUAUACAGAAAGUGAAAUA